AGAAGGCCCUCCGUCUGGCAACACUGCCACAGGAAAACAAACUUCAGGGUCGCUUUUCGAACUGAGAAGUGUUUGUCUUAUUUUUGCCCUUUUCUGAAGUGCUUGCAAUGCAUAGUUGAUGGGGGUUUAUUUAGGAAUAUGCCAUGGGCCAUUCAGCGACGGAGAAAUGCGAAAAUGGAGAGUGAUAAUGUUAAAAAUCGUAGAACUGGAGUUUGAAAAUGAGUAAGAAAAGGACAUGAUCAUCAAAAUGUCAGUUUCUUCACCCAAGAGGAUGGUGAAGAGGUUCCUCAUAUCUGGGGUCCACAACCAGGAGGAGCUCCAGAUGAUGAGAAAGAAAAUUGUAGAGCUGGGUGGGAAAGUUGAAGAUAAUGUAAAGAACAGCUUCAUAUCUCUGUGCACUCAUAUUGUUGUCAAGGAAUUCAAUCUGACUGAGAAAGUGCUCGGGGGUCUGGCAUCAGGAAAAUGGAUUUUGCAACCUGAUUUUAUACUGGACAGUCACCGCCAGGGCAAAUGGCUCGAGGAAAGCCAGUACGAGAUCAAGGAAUUUGUAGAGUGCCGACGGAAGCGGAAUGCUAGUCACUUCAGCAUUUACUCAGGCUGGAAGGUGUAUGUCAAGAUGGAAAACAACACCCUGACCAAAUCAUUUCAAAGGGUCACUGCUGCUGGAGGGGCUGAGAUCAUUUCGUUGACAGAGAUCUCGCAGUCGGAUUUCAUUAUCACAGAAAGAAAGAUUGCAGCCUCCAUUCGUGAGACAGCCGGGCCAAGCAUCCCCAUUGUUUCCGUCAGUUACAUUAAGGACACAAUUGUUAGGGGAGUUUCACCCUCAGACUUGACACCAUACCUUCUAGAUGCAUGUGGCAAUGCACAGUUGACAAGAAAAAUUGAUCUUACCAGGUCCCAGAUAAGAAAUAAAGACAUCCAGUCCAAGAAGCUACCCAGUGAGAUGCAGAACACUUACAAAAAGAAUGUAUUUGCCAUAACAUACCAGCAACCAAAACUAGAUCAGUAUGUCAGGACUGAAUCACCUGGCAGAUUACCCCAAGCCUGUUCUCCAGUCAGAAGGACACCUUCUUCAAGCCGGAAACGCAGGUACCAGUUUUGUCAGGUUACCCCAGAGAAGCAGCAGCUUUCCAUCUUCAAGUAUUGUGUAAAGAAGGGAGCUGACGGAGAGCAGAGCAGCACAAAGAACAGUGCAAGAAAAGAAGAAGUAUGUGUGAUUGAGGAUGAGAAUGAUGAUGUAGAAGUCAUUGGGGAAACUUCAAGGAGUGGUAGUGGAAAAAUGUUAAACAGUGACAGAGUCCCAGAGAUUGGCAAUGAAUGUCUGAUUACUUCUGUACAGAAAGAGAAACUACCAAGUAAAAGGAUUUGCAGUGAUAGCCAGAAGGAAAUAACAGUAAAUGCCAUCAGAAACAGAAUGAAAGUUAUGUUAGAAAGGAUUGUGAAAGAGAAACAUUCGUAUACCAUAGAUUUAACAGGAACAUCACGUGAAGAUUCAGUAGUCUCAGAUAAUGUAACAGACACUUCAGAUGAUGUAGUAUGUUUAGAAAAUGAAAUGGUAGUUUCAGAUAGUAUUGAUAAGGAAAAUAGGGUUGAUUCUAGUGACCUACAAGUAGAUGAUAUGAUAAAUUCUAAUGAACUGAAAAGAGACAGUGCAACAAUUUUAAAGGGAGUAAAAGAAGAAAAAAAGUUAACCAGGGAAGUACUUAGAACUGCCACAGAUCUUACAAGAACAGAUGUGUCUUCAACCAUUCAAAACACAUUAAUAGAAGAAAGCUCUUCCACAGAAAUGUUUGAUGCACAGGUCUUGCUAAAAGAAGUAACUGUUAAUAUUGGUCCAAGAAUAGAUGAGUGGUUAAGCCCUCCAAAACCAGCAUUGAACAGAGUUGAACAGAGUGAACCUUGCAAUCUGCCUGUGAAAGAAAAAAUUAAAGAAACCUCAAGGCAAAUGAAAAUAGAUAAUGAGGAAGUGAAAAGAUCUAUUGGGAAGUUCAUAAGAAAAAGUAAAAGGAUAAGUGGCAUCUAUAGCAGUGAUAUUUUUGUGAUUGAUGGUGAUGUAAGCAAAGAGCAAAGCAGCCCAAAGAACUUCCAAGAUGCAGAGUUGUCAGACCUUGAAAAGGAUGCACACACUUCCCCGGAAGUGCGAGAGCUGAGUGUUGAAGAGGUUUCGUAUUUCGAAUCGAGUAUUGAUGAAGAUCUGCGAGGCAUUCAGAUGUUUGCCACCGAAGAACAGUCCAUCAUUGUGACGGGUAUGGACUCACUUGACCUAAGCAUAACUCCGUACACUUAUCCUCCCAGUAGUUUGUUUGGCAAUCUUCUGCGGCGAUUGAUCUUAGAGACCAAGUACACAGUUGUCUGUUCUCACGCCUUGAACAUGGCACACAAAAUUCUCUCCAUACACCCACCAAAAAGCUCCCGCUGGCGAACCUACUACUAUGAAGUAUUUGCAGCAGCACUGCAGAAACAAGAGACGGGAAGCCUUCAGGCAUGGAGGUUUAUUCAGCAUGUGAUAGAAUGCUCACUGAGUGACAUUGAUGAGGACGACAGCUCGGAUACAGAAGCAGAAGAGCCCACCAUUAUUAGGGAAAAUGCGUUGAGUCUCUUGAGGUUUAUUGUCUUAGUACUCAGGGAAGACAUGAGACGGUGGGAUAAGAGGGAGAAGGUCAGUUAUCUUCUCAGCUGGAAAAUCUUCUUGGGCCAGCUAACAACGCCUACUGUAACAACAAGUCCAGUGAAACACCUGUUGCGGAUAUGGGUUACUGUGCAGUCAGGUGACCCAGCUGUGAGGCAGUGUGUUGCAGAUCUUGUAUCAAUAGUCUUGGAGAUCUUAUGGAAAUACGAGAAAACAUUUCUACUGCCAGUCAGCCCGUUGCCAAAGUCAAUUGCACUCUUUAGCACAGAAUUUCUUCUCCAAGUCAAAGAUUUUGGCUCUAGUCAAUGCAUGAAGCUCAUUCACAGCUUCUCAUCUCCAUGGCCAAAGAUGGUUAUGUCUUCUGUGAUCUUCCAAGAAAUUACACAAAUCUUCAAUCAGAUGAUUACUCUCUCAGAUAUUUUGGACUUUGGUCAAGCUGUGGAACUUAGUCAGUGUACAUCCACCUCUCGUUCCCCUGAGGCUUCUCAGACUAAGAGAACUUCCUCACCUCCUAAGAAGUUUCGUUUCAGCCAGAAUGUGAACAAGAAGAAUCUCAAGGGUGAGACUUCACUCUUGAGGGCUUGUAUCAAAAACAAUGUUGAGCGUGUGCAACAGCUGUUGCACAUCCCAGGCAUUGACAUCAAUCUGACUGAUAACUUUGGAUGGACACCCUUGCAUGAAGCGGCCCUAAGGGGUCACAAUGAAUGUAUCAAGUUACUGCUCGAUUUAAAUUGUUAUGAUGUGCAAGGACCGAAGAACUCUUUGUAUCCUUAUAUGAAAAGAGAUCGCUCUUCAUAUAGGGUGAACCUAACUGCCAAGGGAGGAGAUGACAAGCAAACGCCGCUGCAUGAUGCCGUUGUGCAGAAUCAGCUGGAAACUGCUAGACUUCUCCUGGAAUAUGGAGGGGGUCCUCUCUUGAACGAGGAGAAUGUCAAGGGUGCAACUCCUCUAGACCUGGCUGCAACGAGCGAAAUGAAGACACUGCUCAAAUCCUUUGUAGGAGAGCCCUCAAAGAGGCAUUCAGGGAGUAAGAAGAACCUGGCUACAAUUAAGGCAUCAGUCAUAGCCAACAGUUUAUCCAAGCCCAAGGGUAUCCUUCCUUGCUAUGAGGACAGGCACUCCUUUGCCAUUCAGUUUAUCAACUGCUAUCUUGAAACUUCAGGAACGAGAUCAGUUUACUUUGAAAUACAGCGAGCAUGCCGUCGGGCCGACCCUGAGAGGGGGACAUGCAAGAGUGGAGCCUCAUUGGCAGUGACAGGAGAAUCUGACAUGAGUAGAAGGAACAACUCUGGGUAUCUCAGUGACAGUAGUCUCUGUGAUAGCAAAGGUUCUUGGAGUUGUGGAGAGUCUGUAGCAUCAAGUUCCAGCAACACUCAGCCGUUUGCAAAGCAGUGCUCUGUUGAUUCAGCUAGUGCCACUUGCGAGAUUGAACAAACACUUAUAAAAGAGCUGUUCGAAAGCAUCAAGAUGAACCUGAAACUAUUCAAUGAAUUUAAAGUGCGCAAUCGACCCAAACCUGUUGAUGAGUCUGAGUAUUUGCGGAACCUCAAGUGUCAGUUUCUGUAAAAGAAAGAGUUGUUCCCAGUUAAUUGUUAUGUAUUGCGAUUUAGAGUUUAUAUUUCCUUUUUUUUAUUCUAAAUGAAUAAUAAAGUUUAAGUGCAAACCUACUUAUAUAUAAGGUGAACCUCCUUAUGUAUAAGUAUAUUCAGUGCUCUUUCCCUUAUGUUUUCUAGUGAUAGUGAUAAAGUCGGUGAUUAUUCCAAAGUGAUAUGUAAGAAUAAGAGAGAUACAUAUUGUUUAUAGAUGUGCAUUUGUUUAUCAGAAAAUCAUAUCCAUGCAAAUUAGCUACAGGUUACAUUCCAUGCUAGAUUUUUUUUUUUUUUUUUUUUUUUUUUUUUUU